AUGGCGUCCGACGUGCGAGCGUGCUUUGGUGCGCACAUCCUAGACGACGAUUUUGCCAAAUCGAAGCGUGAGGAGUAUGAUGCUAGUGGACCGUACCACCAUUCUGUGAUCCAGGGUCUUAUCGACGAGGACCUAUUGCGGCGUGCGCGCACGGAGAUUGUUGAGGAGCUCCACUUUACCGAGAAGGAGACCGAUAUCUACAAGGUGAACCAGACGGGCGAUCUGGCGAACCUGGACGGUCUGCCGGAAGAGGAGGCCAAGCGUCUGAAGUCGCUACUCCAGCUCCGUAAUGCCCUAUACUCGGAUGAAUUCCGCGACUGGGUACGUAAGGUGACUGGGUGUGGUCCGCUGAGUGCCAAGAAGAAGGACAUGAGUAUCAACGACUACAGCCACGGAUGCCACCUUCUGAACCACGACGAUGUCAUUUCGACGCGCCGCGUGUCCUACAUCCUGUACUUGCCGGACCCUGCUACGCCAUGGACGCCCGACUUUGGCGGCUCUCUGGAGCUGUACCCCGUCAAAGAGCCGCAUGUGCCUGAGUCGGUGCCAUCGCAUGUGGUCCCCGUGCAGUGGAACCAGUUUACGUUCUUCGAGGUUCAACCGGGCCACUCGUUCCACAGCGUGGAAGAGGUAGUGCACCCGACCCACUCGCGCCUUAGCUUGUCCGGCUGGUUCCACCGCUUGCAGCCUGAUGAGCCUGGCUUUUCCCAAGAAGAGGAGGACCGGGAGCUCAAGGCAGAGCGCGAGUUCAGCUCGGUGGGUAGCCUGACGUCGAAGAAGUUCAUGGACGCAUUUGAAGAGUACGACGAAGACAAGUUCGGUGGCCCGCCGCUGCCAGGCUCGCCCAUGUCCUCGGAACAUGUCCGUUUUCUCGCACACUUUUUGAACCCGGCAUACCUCACAUCCAAGAUCCAGUCGACGCUCUUUGAGAAGUUUGGUGACGAGUCGCACUUGCUUCUUGCCGACUUUUUGCGCCAGGAUGUGGCGGAGCAGGUGGAGAAGGUGCUGCGUGCCAAAGACGAGGAGGAUGGUCUCGUCUGGUGGAUGUCGGGCGCGGAGCGCGUCGGCUUCGACACAGUACGCAUCCAGCCGCACGGCGUCGGCACGUCUCUGGCUCAGACGCCUAGCGCCGAGGACCAGCGCUGGACGCUGCAUGGCCCGCCGCACCGCGAGCGUUUCGCGACGCUCAAAGUGGCAUGCACGCCAAAGAAUGCACCGGCCGUGGACUAUGCAUCCAAGGCUUCGCCGCUGUCGCCCGUCCCAUCGAGCCCGGCCGACCUGCUGGAGAUCCUUACGCACCAGCUCUUCCCUUCGGCGGCGUUCCGCCAUCUCGUGGCGAAUCUCACGCAGCUGAUCCCGAUGGCCGCGCGCCCGAUUCGUGUGCGCCGUUUCCGCCCGGGCUUGGACUACACCUUGGCGCGCUCGGACGACGAGGCCGUGAUGGAUCUUACGCUGACACUGACGCCCGAUGUUAUUAAGCGGGCUAGGCAGGCCGUGAAGAAGACGGUGCGCCCUCAGGGCCUGGGCGCCAAGAAAAAGGCGCCCGCGCUUGACAGCCUGCAGAAAGGCGUUUUGAGCAAGGCCGAUAAGGACAAGCUCGAGGAGAUGUGGGACCGCGGCGACAUUGGCGGCUGGGAGUGCUACCUGGCGCCGCACGAGGGCGAGGAAGACCCGGCCGUAUACCAAAGUGCUGCCUCGCGGCGCGCGCAGCGCGAGAAGGAGGCGAUGGACGAGGGCGAGGCCGAGGCUGCGGAGGCCGACGAGGCCGAAGACGACGACGAAGAUAUGGACGAGGACGACGACUUUGACGGCGUGCUACUCAAUGUGACGCCUGCGUUUAAUACGCUGAACGUCGUGCUGCGUGACGAGGGCGUGAUGCGCUUCGUCAAGUACCUCGGCGCGAGUGCGGGCGGCAGCCGCUGGGACAUUUCUGCCGAGUAUACGGUCGGCGCCGCCGAGAUUGAGGGGAUGGACGAGGCACCUUAA